AUGGCGCCAGUAUCACCAGUCUCCGACGCCCUCUCCGGCGCCGCCGCGGCCCUCACCCCCACACGAACCCUCUCGCGACCCUUCCGCAGCCUCCUCGCCCGCCAAGUCGUCACAACCAUCACCGCGACGCCCGAGACGACGGAACAGAGCGCAUCCGACAACAACCUGAGCGGUGGCGCCAUCGCCGGCAUCGUCAUCGGCUCCAUCGUCGGCUUCCUCCUGCUCCUCUGGAUCGCAAAGUCCGUCGGCAUGUGGGGCCGCCCCAACGACUGGGCCGAGAAGGACCCCCACGACCGCCGGUACCGCGGCAGGUCGCCCGGCGCCCGCCACCGGAGGCGCCACCAGCACCGCUACCACCACGAGACGUCGCGCUCGAGGCACCGCCACCCGUCGUACGAAAUCAACGAGGUCAGGUACUCGCAGCCCGUCGUGUACGACAAGAGGGCGAGCGUGUCCCCGCUGCCGCCUGCCAACGUUUACCGGAGCAGUCGGAGCCGGACGCGGUACUAG